ACCUUCUCAUUAGUCUAGCCGGGCCGGCAUGUCGAUCGACGACUGUGGCAACCACGGCCGCUGCAAGGGCCGACGAUUGCACCUCUAUCUCUCCGCCGCCGCACUCAUUUUUGUCUUCCUCAUCCUCCUCACCAUCCUGAUCAUCUGGCUCCUCCUCCGACACACCAAGCCCGAGUUCUACCUCCAGAAUGCCUCCGUCCAGCAGUUCAACCUCACCGCCGGCGACUCCAACUCCCUCACCGCCGUCCUGCAAGUCUCCCUCUCCUCGCGCAACCCCAACGAUCGCGUCGGCAUCUACUACGACAAGCUCGACGCCUUCGCCGCCUACCGGGGCCAGCAGAUCACCGGGUGCACUGCGCUCCCUGCAGGUUACCAGGGCCACCACGCCGCCGCCGUGUGGUGGCCGUUCCUGGUCGGGGAAGGCGUCCCCCUGGCGGAGUACAUCGCCGUGGCCAUGGAGCGGGACGCCGCGGCGGGGCUACUCCUCCUCGACGUGAAGAUAGAGGGGAGGCUGCGGUGGAAGUCUGGGUCGUGGAAGUACGGCCACCGCCACCUCCACGUCGACUGCCCGGCGCUCAUCUCCAUCGACCACGGGACGGGGACCAGUGGCAGCUCUGCGCCGUCGUUCCACUUCCGGCGGACCACGUCAUGCACCGUCGACGUCUGACCCACCUAAUUAAUGGUGGGAAUUUAAUUAAUUGAUAAUCAUACAAUUUGCCACUGUAAUUGAAUACCUACAAUAACUGUCAAUAAAUAAAUAUAUAUUGUUUAGUUAAAGGAGAUUUGUAGUAGAUAUGGAGGAAUUAAAUUGUUUAGUUAGUUAUUUCAUUUAUAAAG